GUGACGAUCUUUACCAACUCCACGUGGCUAGCUAGCUCAAGAAAAGAGAAUGCAUACCUAGCUAGCUAGCUUUAUACUCUUCUCAUGGCGUCUCCUGAUGCAUACGAUGAUGAUGGCUACUCUGACGAGGAGGAGGACGAGGAAGACUGGCAAGAUACGGACACAGUGGGAGCAUGGGAAAGCUGGAAUAAAGACCACCAAGUCAAGAGUUCACAAAUAUCCGAUUUGGUUAGUGUGAGGGAUUUCAAGACACUGUGCAGGAAGAGCGUUCAGAGUCUAGUUGAUGGUAGCUUUGACCAGGCGAGGAGCAAUAAAACCAAUCUCUUUACAGCGUCUGAGUUGGGGCUAACAAUAUCUGAGCUGACAAAGCUGAAAGAUGAGAUGGAUCCAAAGAAACUACUUCCCACGGACGGGUUCCCUGGUCUGCGUAGGCUUGAUUUGAGUAAGGUGGUGUCAGAGGAGUCGUGCUUCAAGUCCUUCAAGCAUCAUAAACUCUUGCGAAACAUUUUACGUAAAAACCCAGUGACGUACGGCUACAAUCUGGUGGGGAGCGAGCCGGUGAAAGAGUGUCCGGCUAAGGUACCCCCUGGAGAAGUGGUUCUCUCAGUAACAGUGUUUCAUCCCAUCAAUAAGCAGCGCGAUCAAGAGUUUGUCGUGCUGGGCUCCCAAAAGUUGACAGAACUCAGGGACAAUAUUGUGUGCCAUAAUGACUUCUUUAUCAAGAAGGACUUCAGUGAGAGCCCCUCCUCUUACCAUGAGCAGGUAGACUCUCUACCCAACCCUCCCAACGUGUCACCCUCUGCUUUCUUCUUCAUCAACAACACUUUUUACAAUGACAGGAGGCACUCAGACAGUGUUGACCUCAGCAAACCCAUUAUGGAGUGGGCAAGUGUCAAGGAGAGACAACAACUGGCUCGUAGAGUGGAGCAGUUCACCACAGACAACAUGGCUGACACAACCUUCGAAGAGCUCUCACUGCGACUGGGUUAUCCCUACCUCUUCGCUCAUCACACUGACUGUGAGCAUCUCAUCAAGUUCACUGACAUGAGGAUGUUUCAUCAAGGUGUGGACCCUCCCUCUCUUGUACAAUAUCCUCGACUGUCCUAUCGACACAGACGACAGGCCAUCAAGUGCAGAAUGUGUAGGGCCGCACAGCCCCAGUGGGUCACCUUCAAUGAUGAUUUGGCUACUUGCUCCCCCUGUCAUUUUUGUGAAGAUUGCUUUACCCAAUUUCAUUACUCAAAGGAGGGGAAGAAGAUCGGUAACUUUGAGGCCUACCCGUUUCACCCAACUAGCCAUUGAACUGACUCUGCACUUUGUGUUGUGUUUUUCGAUUCCUUAUUUUACUCUUUAUUGCUCAUGCAUACAGCCAUGCUUUUUCUCGUACAAUUUCUUGUCAAUUCUUAUCAA